AGCUCUUACAAAUACAGCACAUGGGGAGAACAAUACACAGUAACAACGAUUCUUUCGAACAAGCCCCACACGAAUCUCUAAUCUUCCUCCUCCUCAUCCUUCCUCUCUUCUCUCCUGCUCUCUCUGUUUUCCUCUCAAUUCCUCCUCGAUCCUCACUUUUUUCGGGAUCACAUCCUUCUCAAGCUUUAACAACGAUCGUUUAGCCUCCUCUGCCUUCACUCGGGAAAACAACCAAUUCCUAUUUUCCUCUUCUCUCUCACAUUUGAUUCCUCAUUACCCUCUCAUUUCUUUUGUUUCAGGAAGAGGGACCAACUUUUUAGUGUUCUUCUUCCCUACCAUUUUUCUAGUCUCAUGGAAGGAUUUCAAGAGACAGAUGUUCAGCUUGAACCGCACAAGAUUGCUGAUAUCGGGUCAUCUUUAUCAAAUCUGAUAUUAUCCGGCGGGACAAACCCCUUGGAUUCUAUUUUCUCUCAGUGUCCCCAAACAAAUUCCAUCAGCAACCCCAUGAUUGAGGCCUUAUGUUCAUGCGGGUUUGAACCGCUGGGCUCGUCUGUGUACCUUCGUCAAAGAGACAUUCUGCAGAAAUUCUACGAGGAUAACCGAGCGAGCAGUUCAUUUAGUGGUCUAUCAUCGACGAAUCAGCGCCUAAACUAUGCAGGAGCAACACCAUACUCGUACAUGAACCCCUGCAAGAAAAAGCUAUACAGGGGAGUGAGACAGAGACACUGGGGAAAAUGGGUGGCCGAAAUUAGACUUCCUCAGAACAGAAUGCGAGUGUGGUUAGGCACUUAUGAAACUGCCGAAGCUGCGGCUUAUGCGUACGAUCGUGCUGCUUAUAAACUCCGAGGCGAAUAUGCUCGUUUGAAUUUCCCGAAUCUGAAGGACCCCAGUAAGCUAGGAUUCGGAGAUAGCUCCAGAUUAAAUGCUUUGAAGACCUCCGUGGAUGCUAAAAUUCAGGCCAUCUGUCUAAAGGUGAAGAGGGAGAGAGCCAAGAAGAGCAGCGCUAAGAAGCCUAAAUCUAAUCCCAGCACCGACGAGACUCAGACAUCGCAAAAGAUCGAAUCGCCCUCUUGUUCUUCAUCCUCGGUACCGUUUUCCCCGCUAGUUUUCGACGACAGUUGGACGAACGAGUUAAUUUCACCGACGAUUUCAGAAGACGGAAUAUGGAAGGGCGAGAACUCGCCGUCCGCUAUUUCAGCCGAGUGUCCGACAAUGGUAACAGAGGAAUCAGCAUUCGAAGGUUGUUCCCUGGCAAGGAUACCUUCCUUCGAUCCGGAGUUAAUCUGGGAAGUGCUUGCUAAUUAAGAAGAGCAUAUCUUCCAGAAGCAGGGGCAGUUGAUAUUCUCCUUCAACAGGAGAGCCGUUUUCUUAGUGUAAACAAAGAUUGAUCUUUAUUAAUAUUUUGUGCUCUAGGUGGUGGUUUUAUGUUGGACGCACAUGGUGAGACCGUGCGAGGUCCUUUUAGAUUUUAGACUAUGUAGUACAGGUAGGAUUGUUGUGGCCUUGGUUUUUGUCUCGAGGCACUAGGAAUCUUGCUAAUUCCUAUUACCCUAGUUCUUACUCUCAGCCCUCUUCCCCCCCCCCCCCCCCUUCACGUGGAUUUAGGCUUUAUGUGUAUGUUGCAACUUGUACGAAACUAUCAUAUGGAAUCAAGUAUUUUCGUUCAUCCGUGAUU